CCUAUGCAUACGAAUAAGUAUUAUCAGAAUUUCGUGAUGGGAUUCCAGAAUCAGACGGUAUUUCCUCUGCCGUACGGGAUUCGGUGGGAUGAUGGAAUUGGCGGGUCAGGACCCGAUCAGGUGGGAAUGGCGGUGAUGCACCAUGAGGCGGAUUCAAGGGUACGUAUUCAUUCGAAUUUCUAACUCGUUCCAGACGUCAAUAUCGGAGUGGAGUCCAGAGCUGAUCCAUUGAGUGUGAGGUCGAACAGGUAUUCAUUAAUUCAACGACCAAUUCCGGUGCGUGGAAACGUUACAGCUUACCUUUAGGAGAUCCAGCAUUGAUAACCUUUUCGGCGAAAGAGUUCACUCCGCCACCAAAAUUUAGCUCAAGUCGUCCCACAGACCAAUUCUGUUUGAACGUGACUUUAUCGGGCGGUGAUGGGAAUAUGCGAAUGCCUGUAUGUCAGGGUAUGGCAUUCGCAACGGCAGUCUAUACAAAACUUACGCCGAGAAUAUUCAUCCAUGCUCCACCCGGAUACGUGAUUACCCAAGCUGUCGGGAGCGGCGGUAGUUUCCUGAAGAUCAAAAUACAGCUGAAAAACGGGAAUAUCGUUCUUCUGUAUAUCUUCUCAGAUGGAAAGAAAUGGACCCCCGGCGAUGAUGCACAGAUCAGGGCCCUAGGAGACUCGUUGGAAAUUAAUCUGAAGGAUAAAUACGAAGGAGCCAUUAUCCAGGGUGCUAAAGUUUCAAAAAGGUCUAGGACGAUAAAGGAGGAUGAAGCAGUGUAUGAUCGGUCUGCGGGUUGGUACCCCGGAUCAGCCGCGCUGUCAUCUAUGAAGUUGAAUAAUAAGAGCGCAGGAUCAUACACCAUUAGUUACUACCAGGAGAAUCUCUUGAAGGAAGGAAUCUUUGGUGGGCCAUUGGUUUACGGACUACCGCAUCAUAUCGCAGCAUUAUCUGGAGAUUCUAUGGAGAAGAAGACAGGACUUAAGCUGGACAGCAGGGUGAAUGGGCCAAUGACCGCUGUCUCCAGCGCUGAUCUGGAAAUAACCGAAUAUGGGCUUCCGAGCAAGAUCACCUUCGGGCUAGGGCAGGGAAAAGAUAUACCACAGACAGACAAGGACGUCGUCAAAGAGGUUAUCAAGAAAGAGAUAGCAGGAAACCUAACAGCAUUGAACGCCGAAGGAACAUACUUCAAAGGCAAAAGACUGGCCCGGUCAGCAUAUAUCUGUCUCUCAGCCUGGGACGCCUUAAAGGAUGAAGCCCUGACAAGAGAAUGUCUGGACAAAGCUAAAGCAGCUUUCACCCCCUUUACCAAAAACUCGGUGAAUCCAAAACUCUACUACGACUCUAUGUUCGGAGGGAUAGUCUCUGACGCCUACCAUACACAUACAGGCAAGCCAGCCGAAAAAAUCAAUGCCGAUUUCGGAAACAUGUUUUACAAUGACCACCACUUCCACUACUCUUAUUUCAUCCAAGCCGGCGCAGUGAUCGCCUGGCUAGACGCACAGAUCGACAAGAAUGCCAAGAUCGACAACGAAGACAGUUGGGUAGCGAAAAACAAGGACUACAUAAACACCUUCAUCCGGGAAACCGCCAACCCCUCCCCGGGGGACACCAAAUACAUCUCCUUCCGCAACUUCGACUGGUUCCACGGGCACAGUUGGGCUGCAGGCCUGUACGAAUUCGGGGACGGGAGAAACGAAGAGUCCAGUUCGGAAGACUACAACUACGCCUACGGCGUGCGACUCUGGGGCGCGGCCAUCAACGACAAUCUCAUCGAGGGCCGGGGUCUCCUAAUGCUAGGCGUUAUGCGGAAGAGUCUGAACAUGUACAUGUUGACCGGCAGUCAUCUCUCCGUGCAACCGCGGGAAGUCAGGGGAAACUUUAUAUGCGGUAUUCUCUGGGAGAAUAGCGUUGAUUAUGCUACAUGGUUUAGCCCCGCCGUAGAAGCCAUUCAUGGAAUUCAUAUGAUCCCUACCACGCCGAUCAGCGAGUACAUCCGGGAUCCGGCGUUCGCAAAGGCCGAGUUUCAGGGCACGUACCAGGGGAGGCUGGACAAGAUGCCAGUUAACCCUUGGAAGAGUAUCUGGGCGAUGAACUUGGCGACGUUCGACCCCGAGUCUGCCUGGGAGUUUUUUAGUAGUAAGGAGUUUGAUAAGAAGUUAUUGGACGAUGGUUUGAGCCAGUCUUGGGCUGUGGCUUUUACUGCUGGUAUU